AACCAACUCGAUCAGAAUGGGCGCUCGAUCGGCGGAAUCAUUGGGAGACGAUCUUUUCGAUGGUUUGCUCAAUCUGGAGGACCAGUUCUAUGAUGAUGGUUACCGUCUUGGUUUGGCAGAUGGCGCCCAGGCGGGACGUAUAGAAGGGCGUACUUUUGGGCUUGAAAAGGGCCUUGAAAAAUACCGCGCAAUGGGCAAAUUACAUGGCAAAUCCACAAUUUGGGCUGGAAGGCUCCCUAGGACAAGAUUAUCAGGAUCUGCGAGAAGCGCAAAUCAAUGCAAAACUGCGCCCGGUUCCGGUUCUCUUGAACAAUCUCUCAACGGCAAGGGUGACCAAACUGAAAGCCACGAUUUCUUAGCCACUCUUUCAGCCAACCCGCGGCUGGAAAAGCACAUCCAGACGCUCUACGCUCUCUCUGAGCCAGCAAGCCUUUCAACUCAGAAUACCGAAGAUGCUGUGUCCGACUUUGAUGACAGAUACAAGCGAGCAGCUGCAAAAGCCAAGAUUGUGGAGAAGCUUGUAGCCGAAGAGAUUCGGGAAGAGGGACAGACGACUUCAGGCAACGGUCAACGUGGUACUGAAGGAGAUGGUGGGGGAAGCAUAGAGGAUGUCAGCGUCCUCAAAGCUCGUCACUGACAUCCCUACUUUUCUUCACGACACACCGUCUAUUGGCUGUUCCCAGUCACGGCAUCCAGCUUCAGAUAUGGUACGAAUUCGCUGGAUAUCAGUCAUCAGUAAUCAAAAAUCUUGAGGGCCUCGUGCACAAGAUGGUCAUGUCGCAGUCCCUAUCAUCACUUUAAAUAGUUCUCUACAAGCAUUUGCUGGAGACAACGAGGGAAUACGGAAGUACACGAGACAAUGGGCCUGGAAUUAUAAUGACAGUAUUCCCUGCCAAGAAGAUAUUUCUGGAGCAAGCCAAGGAAAUUUUUGUGGUUGAAGAGUACAAGGUCAGGGAGUCCUUGUACAUGUAUAAGGUAUUUUAUGGAAACAAGUCAUAUCAAAGUAAAUAAAUAUCGCUCUAGAUUGGCUGGAUAUUAUUAUGAGCAAAAGAUUACCGUGCAG